AUGGACGUAAAAUGUCGUACGAAACUGGCCCGGUUCAAUUUGGCUACGAUUUUGUGUCAAAUGACCGAUGAAGUUAGUACUAAAGGCCGUACCGUUAUAAUUGUGGGAAAGGGUUACUAUAAAAAGCUUAUUAUCAACGAUCAAAUUCAGUCGUUUGCCGACUUCGCGGCCCCCAGUGUUGAACCCCUGUUAGUGAUGUUGGGGGCGAAGUAUCCAAACACACAGACAAAUCCGUUUAAUGGUGUGCUCGAGAUAUUUGACAACUAUUUUUGGUCACUACUCGUCCUAACAGUUUAUUAUACAAAUCCAUACGUGGUAUUAGUGGGCAGUCUAUUAGUCGCCAAAUCUAAUCCACGGCUACAGACAAAGCUCUAUAUGCCUAACGUUACAUUACAAGACAUUCUGGAAAAUGCCCACCCUGAUGAACGCUGGGCAUUAAAUAAAGCGCUGGCCAACGGGUGGGACAACAACUAUAUCGACAUGAGUUAUACUGAAUUUUAUGGCAAAAUAGAAACAUUUAUUGACGAUAUGUGUAACAAAAGGAAGGUUAGGAUCUUUAAUGAAUGUGGGUUAUUUGAAAGAAUGGCCGACACUGGCCUACGUAUGGCUUAUAACCUGUUUGUGCCCGAAAAAGUGUAUCUUGUAUUGAAACAGGAUGAUGAUUUUAUGGUGCUAGAUGAAAUGCGUAUAGUGUUUGGUCCGCUGACCAUGCAACUACUAAAUUCCUUUGCAGCCCUUCGUAUGCGUUACUUAAAAGAGUUGGAUUUCAAUAUCGAUAAACUUCAUAUCAAUGACCAGAUGCUAACAUUUUCAGAUUUUGCGGCCCCUACUGUUGAGCCUUUAUUGACUAUGUUGGGGGCGAAGUAUCCAAAUACACAGACAAAUCCGUUUAAUGUUCUGGACACUAUUGCCAAUAACGAUGUUGAUACACACCUUUCCAGACCACAACUACAGCCUAAGCUCUAUAUGUCAAACACUACACUACAAGAGAUUCUGAAAAAAUCUCACCCUGAUGAAAAUUUUGUCCUGAAUAAAGCUUUGGCCAACGGAUGGGACAGCAAUUACAUCGAUUGGAGUAAUACUGACUUUUAUGGCGAUAUAAACACAAUCAUCGCAAAUAUUUGUUACAAACGGUUACACGUAUUACUAGGUGGCUAUCAUAAAAUUACUACCAUUCUCCAAAUGAACCGGGUAUAUUACGAACAGGUAACUCACAUUGGCAAAACCACUUAUUACGAUCACGCCUAUGGCUAUGUGUUUAAUAAAAAUGUCAACCCAGUAAUCAAGCAAAUUUAA